AUGAUAAGUAUUUGGCAAAUUCGUAUGCAAUGGUGGCUAGAUCAGGAUCGAUGGGGACGUGAGAACCUGAUGAUGAAGAAGUUUCCGAUUCAACUAGUGCGUCUUCAGAUCGGAACCAAUCCAAACUGGACUGCAUCCAAUUUAAGCAGGAUCGGAUCAAAGCCUUACUGGAUCGGAUCCAUUCCAAACGGGAUCGGAACCCAUCCUGACGGGAUCGGAACCCAUCCAGACUGGACUGCAUCCAAUUUAAGCAGGAUCGGAUCAAAGCCUUACUGGAUCGGAUCCAUUCCAAACGGGAUCGGAACCCAUCCUGACGGGAUCGGAACCCAUCCAGACUGGACUGCAUCCAAUUUAAGCAGGAUCGGAUCAAAGCCUUACUGGAUCGGAUCCAUUCCAAACGGGAUCGGAACCCAUCCUGACGGGAUCGGAACCCAUCCAGACUGGACUGCAUCCAAUUUAAGCAGGAUCGGAUCAAAGCCUUACUGGAUCGGAUCCAUUCCAAACGGGAUCGGAACCCAUCCUGACGGGAUCGGAACCCAUCCAGACUGGACUGCAUCCAAUUUAAGCAGGAUCGGAUCAAAGCCUUACUGGAUCGGAUCCAUUCCAAACGGGAUCGGAACCCAUCCUGACGGGAUCGGAACCAAUCCAGACUGGACUGCAUCCAAUUAA